CAGCUGCAGCAGACCCAGCGGUCCUCCUCCAGCUGUCAUGGCGCUGCUUUACGGGUUAAUAUGGCGGCUUCUCUUAGCGGUGGUCCGUAUCAAGAGAGCCACAGCUUCCUGGUUCCGACUCAGUAUCCGUUCAUGGAGAGAGCGCUUCUGGCAGCGGACGAUGGCAGCUCUGCUGCUGCCGGUCCCCAUGUCGGAGCUCCCGGUCUACCCACAGGCCGCUGGUACCGAUGGCGGCAGAGCAAAGCGUCUGUCCCGGUGGAUCUCUGACGGGAAGUCGCUGGACAAACUACCGGCUCACAUCGGCUUCCUAGUGGCGGAGGAGGAGCUCAGCUACACGGACGUCGCUAACAUGGUGGUGUGGUGUAUGGCCAUCGGCGUGUCCUACGUCAGCGUGUACGAUCACCACGGUCUGUUCCAGAAGAACAGCUCCUGCCUUCAGGAGGAGGUGGUGAGGCAGCAGCACCACCUGCUGGGUGGAGCUCACCCUGAAUAUCAGAUGGAGGUGCUGAAGAGCAGCACAGGCAGACCCCAGCACCUGGUGGUGUCCUGCAGACCCACGGUGAAGGUGCUCUCUCCAGAGGAUGGGAAGCCUAGUAUUGUCCAGGCAGCAAGAAAACUUUGUCACUCUGUGGAAAAGAAGGAGUGGAGCUCCAAAGACAUCAGUGUCUCCAUGUUGGACGUUCUUCUCAGAGAAAGUAAAAACAUCCCAGAUCCAGAGCUGGUGGUGAAGUUCGGUCCAGUGAACAGCAUGUUGGGUUUCCUCCCCUGGCAUAUCAGACUCACAGAGUUCAUUUCUCUGCCGUCCCACAGAGAUGUUUCUUUCGAAGACCUGUUUGGGGCCCUGCAGCAGUACAGUGCCUGUCAGCAGCGGCUUGGACAAUGAUGAGCAGUGUUUGCUCUUCGGAGGGGAAUCUUUGCAGGAAGUAGGGGGCCAUCCUGCCAACCAUGAUCCACUGAAAACUCCAAUUGUUUUCUUCUGGACUAAAAAAUUGAAAACAGUACCCUGGAAUCAUGACCAGCCUGUCUUCUGCAUAUGUUUCAUGCUUAGAUAAUGAGACAGCAUCUAGUAAACCUAUAUUCCAACCAAAUGGAAUAUGGUCAAACAGAAAUGGACAUUUGUCAAUGAGGACUUCCUGCAGAGACAGAAUCUGCUUCACCUCCUAAACUCUCAGUGCAACUAAUAAAGAUCUCCUAUAGUACUGGAGGAUAGAAGAUACAGCCGUACUGCAUGGGGUAAAUUUGCGCAUCAGACAAUAAACAGAAACUUGGCUCUGGGACUGAAACAUCACCUGUUUGUUCUGUUGGUCUCAUAAAAACUGUCACUUCCUGUUUUUCUUGUAGGAACUGACAAAGUUUUCUGUAGAACGCAUCAAAUCCAAUUUACAACCGAUCUGACAGAAAAUGGUGUGGGACGAGGUGGUGGCGUUUAGCGCUCACUGAGAGCUGAUGGGGAUGAUCACACCUGACAGCAUUUCCUCCAGGAGGCUUGGUUAGCUCUGACUGAGAUAGAGUCCAGGUCUAUUGUAGUCAGACUAUGCAGCCAUUCAGCAGCAAUUCCCUGGGUCUGACAGGAAGAGAGACGCCGUUACAAAGUAAAACACUUUGGGGAAAAUACUAAA